AUGGAUUUGAUUAAGAAUUUUAAAUCGUACAAUUUAGUUAGAAGCACAAUAGAUAAUAUGCUUUCGGAUUUCAAAGCUCCGUCGAGCUUUUAUGAUUACGUUACAGAUUGUGUGUUGGAUUCCGCAUUUAAACUUCCAGAAAUAGUAGGUGGUUCGUUUCUCCUUACUGCAUGUGUGAUCAUUACUAUCCAAGAGAAUUUGGAUGUACAAGAAGAGGAUUAUCCGAUUCAUGAUGGUGUAACUGAAUCAAUGGAGGAAGACAAUGUAAGAAGGAUUCGUGCAUCAAAAUCGUUUAUUGAUGGAUUGAAGAAAGAGGAAUGUAGACAUAACAAUGGAUACAGUAACGAUACCACUAGCUGUGCAAUAUGCUUGGAAAGGAUUCUAGAUGGAUCCGUGAUAAGCAACAUGCCGUGCUUGCAUACGUUUCAUUCUGUCUGUCUGGUUAUUUGGUUGCAUGAAAGCAACUCUUGCCCCAUAUGUCGAUGUCAGGUGGAUCCAGCUGAGUAG